CGGUGGAUGUGGCGAGUCUGGCCGGGGUCUGGGCGGGCCGGGGCACCGGGCACCAAGCAUGGCACCGCUGGCUGGCGUGGCCGGGCCCUGCCAGUGCCCGUCCUUCCCUCGCCUUGCCUGCUGUGUCGCCGCCGUGUCCGCAAUCCCCUGACACACCGCCACGCCUUCCCCGCCACCACCGCUAGUAACUCCGGUGGUGAUUGUGGUGACUGACUUCUUGGGAGGCAUCACCACUACCACCACAUCACCACUGCUAACUCGCACCACCCCGCGUGCUCCAUGUGGUGCUAACCUCUCCGUCAGUGGUAUUGCUGUGGAGGGAAACUCCACCACAACACUCUCCGUCCCUCGUGCUGUCGUGUAAACUCCCUGAUUGCCAUCACCAUCAUAUACACCACCAGUCACUACCCAGGGUGCCAGGCUCUCACCUCCCCGAUGCGAUGGGGACUGUAGUUACGGGCUUCUGAGGAGCAUCACCACCACCGCCAACAACAAUAACAGCAAAAACAUCAACAACAAAUCAGCACCGCCACCUGAAAGAGAGACCCGUGGCUGUGAUGGUACUCUCUUAGCAUCACGUGUUGGUCAUCUUAUGAAGCCCUUUCUGCAUCCUUUUUCUCCCCUGUUAACGCUUUUUUUCCUCUCCUUUGAAGCUCUUUCAUCUUUUUGAAGCCCUUACCUCCCCAGUCAAGCCGAGUCGUCCUAUCUGGAGCCAUUUUAAUUCCUUUUGAAGCCUAUUUUUCCCCAUUUGAAGUCUUUCAUCUUCUUUUAUGUAUCUUUAACACCUGACUCCCCUGGUAGUCCCCUCCUCUUCCUCCUUCUCCACCUUCCUCCUUCUCCACCGCAUGACCCCCUGAUCAUGACGGGGCACACUUGUCUUAGGGUCGGGGCAAGCUUUCCACUAGAGGGGAUCUGCCUCACGCCUCCCUCUGGGAAGUAAGAUUGACGGCCUGCGAUGGGGAGACGCUUGGUGGUGAAUCGUGUUUCUUUGGAGUGAAUCAUCGCUUGGUCUGAAGCCCCUUUAUUAGAAAUGAUGCCUGCCUCAUGUGCUCUUCAAAGGAUGAUGCUCAUUCCUCGUAUCUUCAAAGCCUGAAGCUAAUUUAGUAAAGCCUUCUCUUUCGACCUGAAGCCUUGGUGUGACUGAAGCCAUAAAGUUAUCAGAUCCUCAAAGCCUGAAGGCAAUUAUUGCAACUGAAGCCUUGUUAUUCGUAUAAACUGAAGACCAAAAGUUUUAAUCCUCCAAGCCUAAAUUCCCUGUGAAGCCCCCUUCUGCCCCCGUCCCUCAGUGCUGAAGCCUCUUCACGGAACAGAAUUUGGAGACAUUGUCGUGCUUCUAAAGAAACAGGCCGCUCUAUGUCCCAUUUUCUAUAAGACUGAAACUGGUGGUGCGCCGCGUGUCUUUAAGCUUCAUAGACAGAAAAGCACGAGAUUAUAACCAGACUGGCGACGCUGAAGCUGUGAACUGAAGCUCCUAAGCCUCACUUAGUACGUAAACACUAUAAGCUCUUCGUGUGUGGUGCCCGCCGUCAACCAAAGAAAGUUAAUGACUGACUCGCUGAAGAGACGAGUGGUCUCGGCCUCCCCUGCUCCUCACCACCACACGCCGCCGCCUCGCCACCACUUAGCCACUCGCCGCCCACACAGGGUCGCAUUGAGGCUUCGGUAGUACGUGCCACUCUCCGCCCGCCUCACACGCCCCUGAGGGAGCACACCACCAGAGCCACCUGGCCUGCCACAGACCGCUGACACGCAGUGUAGCGCCUCUGCCCUGACAACAACUGAAAGAUUGUUUGUAUGUGUAUGUGUGGUAGAAAAGAGGAAAGCCCCGUCCCUCCCCGCCCAUGCUGUGAGGGGUAGGCACCAAAGAGACUGAGCCGAGGGUUCCCGGCGUGAGUGCAUCCUCCCGAGGCCAGUGUCUUCACUUGCCGCCCUGAGUGGCCCCGUGACCGACAAGCUGGCGGCACGACGCCCACCGGGCCCGCCCAAGCGGAGGAGCAGGAUGCCACGGUGCUGCCGGUGUCUGUGCUGCAGCGAAGAGAGCUCUGACGACUCAGACCUGGAGGAGGAGGUGCCCCUGCCGCCCGGCCUGCUGCCCGUUGCCAACGAGGCCAAGGCACAGGAGACAGUCCCCGUCCACACGCCCUCCGCCAGCAGGGAGUGCCUACUGGACCCGCCCCUGCGAGAGCGUCUCCUGAGGCAGCCGCAGCUCAGCGUGAGAAAGCAGCUUUUUUCCAUGACGGGGUGGAACCUGGCCAUCUACCCCGACAUGGGCGUCAAGGGCACCAGGGAGUUCUAUAACAUUUACGCCAUCCUGGAGGUGCGCGCGGUGGGCAAGGGGGAGGUGCAGAUUCGGGGCGUGGACUCCAACCUCUUCCUCGCCAUGUCGCCCAAGGGGAAGCUGUAUGGUGAGCCGAACGAGCUCAAGGAGAACACGGUGUGGGUGGAGACGCUGUCGGGCGCAUUCUACAACUACCUGUCCAAGAAGUACGCGCACCUCGGCUGGUACCUGGGCCUGAAGAAGAGCGGCAAGGGCAAGAGAGGCCACAAGACCGAGUAUGGCCAGCGAGCGGUGCAGUUCCUCCCCAGACACCCUUACCCCAUAGGCUAGUCUUGUGCCUCUGUGCCUCCUCCUCCUUAUACUUAUAUUCUUAUCUCUGUAGCCCGUAUCUCAGAGCCCAGGGUUGAGGUCGUAAUGUGCCUCUAGCAAUAGUGUUCAUACCCUGUUGGUUUUGCAUUGAUGUGGGUUAAAGGAAAUGCCUUGGCGCCUUGUUUUGUGGUGAUGAUGGUGGUGGUGGUGGUGGUGGUGAUGGUUGGGGAGUUGUGAUUGUGGUAACUUUUUUUUUUAUGUCUGCACUCCUCCCUCCCACGCUACGCCUCGCCCACCUAGCCCAUCCAGGUUCCUGUGUGUGUGUGUGUGUGUGUGUGUGUGUGUGUGUGUGUGUGUGUGUGUGUGUGUGUGUGUUGUAUGAGAAGUGUACAUAAUAUAUCUUCUGUAGACGAGCGUAGAGAAAAUUGCAAUGCAUGAUAUUAUUAUUACUAUCAUUAUCAUUAUUAUUAUUACUAUUAUUAUUAUUAUUAUUGUUAUUAUUAGAUGCAAUAGUAGUAUAUGUAGUAGCAGUAGUAGCAGCAGCAGUAGUAGUAGUAGUAGUAGUAGUAGUAGUAGUAGUAGUAGUAGUAGUAGUAGUAGUAGUAGUCGUAUCUAAAAAAUAUUUAUGUACUGAACAAAUAUGUCUUUCCUCGUUUCUGCCCAUCUUGCUGACUUGUAUAUUUAACUAUGUAUUUAGUGUCACUCCCACAAGGCAUGUUGGUGUUGAUUGAAGGAGAGAGAGAGAGAGAGAGA